AUGGCCGCCUGGCUUCCCAAAGUUCGAGUCGCCGCCUGCAAUGUUGCCCCCAUUUUCCUCGAUACCGCAAAGACGGUCCAAAAGACAAUUUCUCUAAUCAGUGAGGCCGCGAGGAAUAAAGCCGAUCUGGUCGUUUUCCCGGAGAGUUAUAUUCCUGCUUUUCCUCUUUGGGCCGGAGUCUCAGCACCCAUAGACAACCACUCCUUCUUCAAAACCCUCGCCCGCGAAAGUCUCCUAAUCAACAGCCCCGAAAUCACCACCCUCCAACAAACCUGUCUUCAACACAACAUUUUCGCACACAUAGGUUUCAACGAGCGUUCCCACUCCAGUCUAGGAUGUAUCUGGAACGCUUCAAUCCUCAUCUCCGACACGGGAAAAAUCCUCAACCAUCAUCGAAAAAUCGCACCUACAUUUUACGAGAAAUUGGUUUGGGCGGCUGGAGAUGGGGAGGGGUUGAGAGUCGUUGAGACGGGACGGUGUGGGAGGGUUGGGGGCUUGAUUUGUGGGGAGAAUACGAAUCCUUUGGCAAGGUGGACGUUGAUGGCGCAGGGGGAACAGGUGCAUGUUAGUACUUGGCCGGCUGUGUGGCCUACUGUGAGGGUUGGGGAAAGGAGUGAGAGGGAGGGUGGGGAGGGGGCGGAGAGGCAGUAUGAUAAUGUUGCUGCUAAUCGGACGAGGAGCGCGGCGCAUUGUUUCGAGGCGAAGUGUUUUGGGGUGAUGUGUUCUGGGUUUAUGGAUAGGGGUAUGAGAGAUGCCAUUGUCAAGCAUGCCCCAUCUUCAGCUGCUACGCUUGACUCGCUUACUCAAGGAGCCUCUUGUUUCUUGGAUCCCACGGGAGCACAAAUCGGCGAACAAGUACAAGGGGAAGAGGGCAUUGCGUACGCGGAUUUGGAUCUUAAUGAAUGCAUUGCUCCGAAGCAAUUCCACGAUGUUGUUGGUGGGUAUCAGAGAUUCGAUAUUUUCGAUCUGCAAGUGUCGAGAAGUAGGAUGGGGCCUGAGAAUGCAUUUCGAGGGCGAGAGGAAUACAAGGAGAGGGAUGCACCUGUCCCACCGAUUGAUGAAGCGGAUGAUAGCACUUGA